UGUCGAGUGAUCCACGUGUGUCGACACGCCACUUUUCCAUCGUCACAUGAGGACGAGUUUCCGGGCGACGAACGACUCGUCAUUCCCACCAACAGGGGGACUGGUUCGCUUUUUCCGUGGACUACUGAUUUCAAAGGAAACGGUUAGAAUGCCAGCGAAUCGAGAGCCCGACAGCGUGAAUUCCCCGUCGUUCAACGACUCCCAGAGUUUUCAAGAAAGCGGAAUUUUCGACGGCAGCUGUUCCAUCAGCGAUGCCGUGAGCGAGUCCACGCAGACCGACGAUGCUGACGUGUCUGACGACUGCCCAAAGGUCGACGACGUUGACACCAAGACCCAGCAAAAACGCAAAAAGAUGAAGAUGAUGUCCAAGCCGAAACCCGUGGCUGUUUUCAAAGACGAAUCGUCGUCAUCCUGCGUAGACUCGCAUUCUUCAUCCGGCGCGAAUGAUGACGAGGAUGACGAAGAAUGCGGGGUUCGCGUGUCCGUUGUCAAGAGACUGGAGUCGGAAAAGGCGAGGCUGGCUGAAGAGGCUGAGAGCUGGAAAUCGCGUGCGGAAACCCUUGCGAGAGACGUUGAGGUUUUGUCUCAGAAAUUGAGGAAUUUGGAAUUUGCCGAGAAAUCUGCCAGGCAGCAGAUCAAAGCUUUAAAUCUGGAAACUUCGUCUUCUGCAAUGUUCGAAAUUCCGUAA